AAAUUAUAAAAAUAAACACCCUCCGGUCUCGGUCUGAUGGCUCAUAACUUUGGAAUUCUCUUUCUCGUUUCUGGAUACGAUUCACAGAAACGCCUCCAUCACAGUUUCUUCCCCAUCUCCCAUCUUCUUCGCUCUAGCUACCGCCGCCAGCUCGCGGAUCUCCGGCGCCACCCCUUCUCGAAUCAGACCUGCUCGACUCAGCUCUCCGAUCUCCGAUCUCCAUCGCCGCCAACUCUCCGUUAGGUUUUCUACAGAGAUAAAAGAAGUAAUUAGCGUCUAUAAAAAUGGAUCCCGAUUCAGUUAAAUCGACCCUGCAAACUCUAGCAUUUGGAAAUGUAAUGGCUGCAGCUGCUCGUGAUUAUCAGAAGGAAGUUGCAGCUUAUGAAAAGGCGCAAACAUCAUCGUCUGUUAAUGAGGAGGUUGAUCUAGAUGAUUUGAUGGAUGAUCCUGAGCUGGAAAAACUGCAUGCAGAUAGGAUUGCAGCUCUUAAGAGAGAAGCUGAAAAGAGACAAUCAUUAACUAAAAAAGGGCAUGGAGAGUAUAGGGAGAUAACUGAAGGAGACUUUUUGGGUGAGGUCACUUCCAGUGAAAAGGUCAUUUGCCAUUUCUACCAUCGGGAGUUCUAUCGCUGCAAGAUAAUGGACAAGCAUUUGAAGUCUCUUGCAACAAGUCAUCUUGAUGCCAAAUUUGUUAAGCUAGAUGCAGAGAAUGCCCCGUUCUUUGUGACAAAACUAGGAAUCAAGACAUUGCCAUGUGUCAUAUUGUUCAGAAAAGGAAUUGCAGGAGAUAGGAUUGUUGGGUUUCAAGAUCUUGGAGGAAAAGACGAUUUCAGCACAAGGAAGUUAGAAGCUUUAUUGAUCAAGAAAGGUAUAAUUGAGGAGAAGAAAAAAGAUGAGGAUGAAGAAGCUGAAUAUGACGAAAGUAGACGUAGGACAGUCAGAUACUCUGGAAUUCAUGAUUCCGACUCUGAAUGAUAAAAAAAAGAGAAACUUCUGAAAAAUAUUAAUUCCAUUUCCAAAUCUUAUCUAUUAAAAUUUUGCAAAUUUGAAGUAUGGUGUGUUUACGUAUAAAUAGUCUCUAGGUCAUGUUCAUCAUCAAAAUGUGGGUAUUUCUGUCGGGGUUGUGUAUUAGCUUUGUGAAGUUUUGUAGUGGAAAUUCAUAUGCAUGAAUUCCUUGAGAGUUAUCAGUUUUAAUGCUUUAAAUCAACAUUGACUUUUUAUUCAA